GGCAGCUGGCCAGCCCAGCCCUCCCCAUUUUUCUCUUUCUCUCUCCUCUUUGCUCUGGAUUUCUCUCUGAGCCAAGCCUCACAAUGCUGCGUUUACCAAAGCAAGUGGCUGAUAAAUUUGCUGUGAUGUCGCCGUUGCCAGACCUCCCUGUCUGCUCUGUAGUCUUCACAUGGCUCUGAUGGCAGAGCGGGACAGGUGGCCAGAGCUGGAGGAGGAACUCCACAUCUCCUGUUUGGGACAAUUUGCACAGCAGUAGAGAGAGAGAAAAAAGAAAAAAAGAAAAAGGGUGGAACAGAGCCAGUUCAGAGCUUAGGUCUCGCUGUGUCCACCCACCUCCACCACCCCCUCUUUACUCUCUCCUAUGCACACUCACUCGCAUACAAUCCCCUUCCCCAUUUGUGUCCUCCACUCUCUGAUGCUGGUGUGGUGAGCAGCAGAACACUCUCGGCUGAGCUGCAUGGAGGCACAGGGAGGGGCAGGGAGCCCAGAGCCCAACAAAGACAUCCAGAAGCUACUGAAGCCGUCCAGCUCGGGGGAUUUAUCCAAGGAGCUGUUCCAGCACCCGUCAGGGGAGGCAGAGCCCAGCCUGUCGGGCCACACUGCCAGCCUGCUGCACAUCAGCGAGAAGAGACAACCUCUGAGCAGUGUGUCGUCUCUGGAGGUCCACUUUGACCUGUUGGACCUGACUGAGCUGACAGACAUGUCUGACCAAGAACUGGCUGAAGUCUUCGCUGAUUCUGAUGAGGAAAACCACAGAGAGUCCCCAGCAGGUUCCCACCAGCCUGUGCUGCCCAGGAGCGGCUACAUGCGCUCUCCCUCGUGGACGCGCUGCAGUAAAGUGGAGCUGCCUCGUGAGAGGAAGCAUCACAGUGACUCAGACACAGCAGAUCCCUUAAUGAAGCUGGAGAGAGCGAAGCAUCCAUAAAGCUCAACCCGAAACGAGCCUGUUGGACAGACACAGUGGCGAAACCAAGCCACCGAGACGCCUCCAUCUGCCACUGUGCACGCACGUGAUGCCCCGCAGUGCUGGCGCGUUCAGGCUCAACUCUGGAAACUCGGCUCUCUGCUCUACAGACAAUGAUGACGUGCAAUAAUCUCACUGUACCUGCUCUCUUCUCACACCAACUCAAGCAAACCUGUGCAGUCAUCGUGUUUUUAUAGCGGAGGGUUCUUAUUGCACUCUGGGCUGCCAGAUGAUUUAAAUAGUUUUUUCUUUUUUUUAGAUAGACAGGGUAUGAGGUCAACAGAGUAUCAACACCUUCGUCCUUACAACACCUCAGGGUGGGCCGACAUUAUGAGAUUGGCAGCAAAAGUUAAAGCCACAGUGAUGGCAGCUCUUGAGAGGUUAGAUGAAAUAUAAAUUAAAACAUUCAGGUGCUUAUUAAGACUUACUGUUUCUUAUUAAAGCAUCAGAGGUUUCUGCUGACUGUGAAGAUAGCGAAGGUAGCCCUAAUGGAGAUAUGUGGGGUAUCUUCAUUAUUAAUAAAAGUGUAUCAAUGCAAAAAGCCUGAAUAAAAAAGUUGCACUUCUUUCUCUAAAUUGUAUAGCCAGCGCCCCCUGCAGGAUUGUAGACAAGUAAAGUCAAGUAAACAGACAAAGUAGCAGCAACUUGCAAUAAUUUGUUCCAUAGUAAGAUUUUUUUUCUUCUUCUUUGCUACCGAUUCCCUCCAACCUCCAACCCUCAGAGAAAUGUGUGGCUGCCACAGUCGAUGCUCCAGGGAUGCAAAUGAGCAGAACUUGAAAAGAAAAUACAUUCAAAGCAAAGGUCAUCAUAAUUUGUGUGGAUGCCAAAAAAAAAAAAACAACCCAACAAACAAA